AGGCAACAAGGCCAAGCCUUUGAACAGGGAUGGCUCUGACAUGGAAAUCAGUUGCUGUUGGUCUGCUUCUGCUCGGGUUGUUCUGCCCUUCCUCUGCAACUGUCCCGCCACUGCAAACUCUGGCUGACUGUUUAGAGGACAACGACUAUGAUAAGUUGCUAGACACUGUGAAAACUGGCCUCCCACACGUCAACACAUCCAAUCAUGUUGUAAUCGUUGGAGCGGGGGUGGCGGGACUGACGGCUGCCAAGCUACUGCAAGACGCAGGACACAAGGUCACUAUUUUAGAGGCCAGUGGUCGAGUUGGAGGACGGGUGGAGACCUACAGGAAUGAAGAAGAGGGCUGGUACGCUGAGUUGGGGGCCAUGAGGAUCCCAGAGCUCCACCAGAUUGUCCUCUGGUUUGCCAACGAACUUGGGAUCAAGCUGAAUGAAUUCAUCAUGGAUGACAACAACACCUUUUACCUGAUCCACGGGCUGAGAAAGAGGACUUAUGAAGUGAAAGAAGACCCGGACAUCCUGAAGUACGACGUGACAGAAAGUGAGAGGGGAAAGUCAGCCAGUAAGCUGCUACAGGACGCCCUAAAGAAUGUCAGAGAUGAAGUGAGGGAAAGUGGCUGCAUAGCUGCCCUUCACACAUACAGUCGCUUCUCUGUACAGGAGUAUCUGAUAGAGGAAGGCAAUUUGAGUACAGGAGCACUGGAGAUGAUUGGGGACUUGCUCAACGAACAGGGCCUCAUGUAUCUGGCACUGAGUGAGAUGAUACACGACCAGACUGAUCUCAACGACAACGUAACGUACUAUGAAGUCACCGGAGGGACAGAUCUCUUGACCACAGCCCUCCGCGAUGUCCUCCAUGUCCCCAUCCACCUUAACUCCGCAGUCAAACGAAUCAGCCAGUCAGAAGAAGGAGUAGUUGUAUCCUAUCAGUCAGGUGACCAGUCGUCUCUGACAGAUCUAUCUGCUGACACUGUCCUGGUAACUACAGCAGCUAAAGCAGCCCUUUAUAUGGACUUUCAACCACCACUCUCUGAAAAUAAGAUGUAUGCCCUGAGGGGGGUCCACUAUGACAGCUCCACUAAAAUCCUCCUCACAUUCAGUAAGAAGUUCUGGGAGGAGGACGGCAUCAGAGGAGGGAAGAGCAUCACAGAUGGACCAUCCCGUUUCAUCUACUAUCCCAGCCACAGCUUCCCCAACAACGAGAACAUCGGGGUCCUGCUGGCGUCCUACACUGGGUCUGAUGACUCCCUCCUCUUCUUGGGUGCAAGUGAUGAAGAACUGAAAGAUCUAGCUCUGAGAGAUUUGGAGAAGAUCCACGGUAGUCAUGUCAGGUCUCUGUGCACAGGGGUGCUUGUAAAGAAGUGGAGUGCAGACCCUUACAGUUAUGGUUCCUAUGCUCUUUUUGCACCCUACCAGCAUGUAGAGUAUGCAAAGGAGCUCUUCAGAAGUGAAGGCAGGAUUUACUUUGCUGGAGAACACACGGCUUUCCCACAUGGUUGGAUGGAGACAGCCAUGAAAUCUGCCAUAAGAGCUGCCACCAACAUUAACAAACGGGUGCAGGAAGAAUCUUUAGAACAUCAACAAACAAACUAGUUUUAAGGGUUGAGAGGGUUUUUCUUGGUGGAUGCCAAGAGAAAGAUUAUUGUGGUUCCUAUAACCAAGAAAAACUAACAGAGAUUGGUAGAUAAAGGUGUAAGAAUGAUUGACGUUACUAUGUUUUUAUUCAUUUUAGACGUAACGUUAUUAGUAAUAGUAGUAAUCGGAUUCAUGUUAUUAUUAUUAUUGUUAGUUUACUUUGUUUGCUUCUCUAUUUUCCAUAUAGUUUUCCCAUUUUGCCCACAAUAUUUUACCCUUUCUUGAAUUCCCUCUAAUUUUAUAUGUUAAGUUCUCCAUUUCUUUAAUUUGUUCCAUCAGUUCUCUCCAUUUAGCUACCCCUGGACUGACUUUCUGAAGCCAGUUUUUAGUUAUAAGUUUAAGUGCAGAUACUCUCAUUAUUCUGAGGUGUUUAUCAUCAGAAUUCAUUGUCCCAUCAGGUAAUCUGCCUAAAAGAAUAAACUCACGGUUAAGUAUUGAGUCAAUUUUUAAAAUAUUCCUAAUUUCAUUACAAAUAAGUGUUCAGUAUAUUGUCAGGCCAUUCAGUCUGAGGUAUUGUAAAAAUCAAGUUCAUCUUGCCAUCUUGUUUUUUCUCUCAAAUGCUCUUUGUUAUUAUCACCAUCUAGGAUACCACAUAAGAAUGAGAUAUGAUGUUUGAAGUUCCAGCUAUUAUAAUUUUUAACCAAAAACUGUGUUAAGGCAUGUAGAUCUGUGAGCUUUUUUUCUUUAUAUCAAUAUUCUCUAUGUAGCUUCUUGUAGCUAUCUAAAGAAGUGAGAGUGUGGCAGGUCAUAUUCCUUCUGUAACAUUUUAAAUUGCACAAUAACUUUUUUAUCUAUAACUUGUCCAAAAAUCA